GACACACACACACAUACACAUACACACACACACACACACACACACACACACACACACAUACAUAUGCUGCUGAAGUUGCCACUAAAUGGAGAAAACGCGAACGGCACAGCUGAGCUCGGGAAGGUAAACAAAUACAUUUGGUUAGAAUAAGGGGGAAGAAAGAGGCAUACACACAUUAUCGAGUCUUUUUUUCUGCGUUUUUAAUCUGCGGGAAGGUGAAGUCUGAUCCGCCUCCGAGAGGAAAACUUCUCCAGUUCAAAGACGGAAACAACAACGAGACGUUUUGAAAAGCUCGGACACAUGUAGAGACCCCCGUGUGAUAAGAAAGCAGCAAACCUCAGCUGAACCUUUUUGCCAGCAGUAGCAGGAUGGGGAACAGCAGCAGUGACCGGGGGUCCGGUGGGGGUCAGGGAGGGAAGGAGGCUCGACCCAACAUCUUGAUGGACAGCACAGAGGAUGCAGACCUUUUCCAGAGGGAGGAUCCAAAGGCUCCACAGGAAAUACAGGAGUUUCUGGCCUGGCAGCAGGACCUGGAGAGUGACAGCAAAAGUCCAACACAGGACAGACCCACUGUGUUCAGGUGGACGGGGGCUGCAAAAGACGUCUUUGUGUCAGGCUCAUUUAACAACUGGGCCACCAAGAUCCCUCUCAAUAAAAGUCAGAAGAACUUUGUUGCGAUUGUGGACCUGCCAGAGGGGGAACACCAGUACAAGUACUGUGUAGACGGUCAGUGGACUUUGGAUCCUACUGGGGCAGUGAUGACAUCUAAGACUGGAACUGUUAAUAACGUCAUCAACGUGAAGAGAACUGACUUUGAGGUCUUUGAUGCCCUCAGGAUCGACUCACAGGAAACUGCAGAUAUCUCAGACUUGUCCAGCUCCCCUCCCGGCCCGUACCAACAGGAUGCAUAUGUUACCAAAGCAGAAGACAAGAUCAAGAGUCCGCCCUUCCUACCUCCACACCUGCUGCAGGUGCUGCUCAACAAGGACACCGGUAUCUCUUGUGACCCGACGCUGCUUCCAGAGCCCAACCAUGUGAUGCUCAACCACCUGUACGCACUCUCCAUCAAGGACGGGGUGAUGGUUCUCAGUGCAACACACAGAUACAAAAAGAAGUACGUCACUACUCUUCUGUACAAGCCAAUAUGAUCCACACAGCAGUGCCCCAGACUAUUAUUUUAAUUAUUCAUCUGUUGUUGUACACAGCUGCUACUUUGAUUAUUUCUGCUACUGUAAUCUCACUUUUCUUUUCUUUUCUUUCAAACCUGGCUCGUAUUUUAGUGAGUUGCCUCAUAAUGUUUGUUUUUGUAGGAUCCAUCCAUAACUCAAGUCUGAAGCUUCAGUUCUUAUGAUCUGUCUAAAACUCUAAAGUAACAUGCCAGUAAUCUUUUCAUUCCUACCUCUUUGAACCCGCACGUGUCAAUAGACUUUUAGUUGAUAAAGAGACCAAACACACGGUGCACCUCCUAAAAAAAAUAAACCAGCUUUUAAAGACACUUUGUACUAAGCCAAAGUGUGGCUUUGCAUGUUGAAGUGACCUGCAGUUACGUUUGUAAGAAGCCAAAGCACCAAGCGAGGCUUCCCAUGUUAAAGUGAGCUGGAGUUUUAAAGAGACAGCUAGUGGAAAAAUAUGAAGGUGUAGUGGUGAGACAAACACAGCUGCAACCUCUGCUACACCAGCUCUGCAUAUGUGAGCAAACAGAUACAAGGACACAGAGAAACACAAUCAAUGAGGGUCUCACUCUGUCUGUUUUAUUUCCAGUCAUGGCUUUUAUUUUUUACCAAAUCAAACUUCUUCUCAAUCAAAUAUUGUUUAAACAUUAUGAAGAAAUAAAAGUUUUAAAGAAACAUGUUAGAAACCCAA